CGGGGGCUUGUCGCUCUCUCGCUCUCGCUCGCUUUCUUUCUUUCUUUCUUCUCUCUCUCUCUCUCUCUCUCUCUCUCUCUCUCUCUCUCUCUCUCUCCUCCGCUCUCUCGUCCGUCGCUCUCUCCCUUUCUUCUCUCUCUGCACACUCUCGCACACACACGCGCACGCACACACACGAGCGACACUCGCCCGCUCGCUCCCGGGAACAUGGCGGCGAGUCAGGGCAGCGGCGGCGGCGGCGGCGGUGGCGGCGGGGGCAGUCCGGCUCCCGGGCCCGCGGCCGUGGCGGGGGCGGGGGCGGGCCCGGGGGCGGGUCCGGGCCCGGGCCCAGGGCCGGCUCUCUUCGGCCAGCCCUUCUCGGGCGGGCCGCAGUGGCCCCCGGGGAGCCUGCAGCCCCCGCCGGCGGCCGGCCGAAGCCUGGACCGGGCCCUCGAGGAGGCGGGCACGUCGGGCAUCCUGAGCCUCAGCGGCCGCAAGCUCCGCGACUUCCCGGGCUGCGGCUACGACCUCACAGACACCACGCAAGCAGAUCUUUCAAGAAAUCGAUUUACAGAGAUUCCUUCUGAUGUCUGGUUAUUUGCACCACUCGAGACCCUAAAUUUGUAUCAUAAUUGCAUCAAAGCCAUUCCUGAAACCAUAAAAAACCUGCAGAUGUUAACAUACCUUAAUAUUAGUCGAAAUCUUUUAUCAACAUUGCCAAAAUAUCUGUUUGAUCUCCCGCUUAAAGUUUUGGUUGUCAGUAAUAAUAAACUGGUAUCCAUUCCUGAAGAAAUAGGAAAAUUAAAAGAUUUGAUGGAAUUGGAUAUUAGCUGCAAUGAAAUUCAAGUCCUUCCCCAACAAAUAGGAAAAUUACAUUCACUUAGAGAAUUAAACAUAAGAAGAAACAAUCUUCAUAUGUUGCCAGAUGAAUUGGGAGAUCUCCCCUUAGUCAAGCUGGAUUUUUCUUGUAACAAAGUAACAGAAAUUCCAGUUUGUUAUAGGAAACUCCGUCAUUUACAAGUGAUAAUUUUGGAUAACAAUCCAAUGCAGAUACCACCAGCACAGAUAUGUUUAAAGGGUAAAGUACACAUAUUUAAAUUCUUAAAUAUUCGAGCAUGUUGCAGAAUAGAGAAGAAGCCAGACUCCUUGGAUCUUCCUUCAUUAGGUAAAAGAAUUCCGUCUCAGCCUCUCACAGACAGUAUGGAAGAUUUCUAUCCGAAUAAAAACCAUGGUCCUGAUUCUGGUAUUGGAAGUGAUAAUGGAGAGAAACGAUUAUCUACAACUGAACCAUCAGAUGAUGACACAAUCAGCCUUCACUCUCAAGUAUCAGAAUCAACCAGGGACCAGACUCUAAGAAAUGACAAUCACUUGAUGGGAAGCAAACUUGACCCUCAUAAAGACCAGGAGGUGUAUGAUUACAUUGACCCCAACCCAGAGGAUGUAGCAGUUCCUGAGCAAGGAGAUGCACAUAUUGGAUCAUUUGUUUCCUUUCUGAAGGGAAGAGAAAAAUUUUCUGAGAAAUCUCAGAAAAAUGAAGAAUGGGGAGAUGAGAAAAGGAUUCAGAAAGAGCAGUUCCUUGCAGAGGAAGAAGAUGAUGAUUUGAAGGAAGUUACUGAUUUAAGGAAAAUAGCUGCUCAGUUAUUGCAGCAGGAGCAGAAGAACAGACGGAGACCUUUAAGUUAUAGAACAUCAUUCAGUGAAAAACUCUUCCAGAAGACCAGAGCAGCAGGACGUGCAUCAAGGCUUCUUAAUCAUUCAUCUUCAGUAAACCCAAGAAACAGACCUAAGCAAACUGUGGAAUUUGAAAAAAGUGUCUUGGCAGAUGAAGUCAACUCUGCAUUGUCACCCUUCAUGUGGCAGUCUUUAGGGAAUCAAAAGGAUCCAGUUGAUGAACAGCAGUGGCCUGAAACGCAACCUCUAAUCUGGCAGAAUGAAGAAAGGAGGCGAAGCAAACAAAUUAGAAAGGAAUAUUUCAAGUAUAAAUCCUCAAGGAAGAAUUCAAGUGGAAACGAACAUGAUGAGCAAGACAGUGAUAAUGCUAAUGUGUCCCCACAGUCUCCAGUGUCAUCCGAGGAUUAUGACAGAACUGACAGUUUUUCACACGGUCCCUUUGGCCUGAAACCUAGAUCAGCUUUCAGUCGUUCAUCUCGCCAGGAGUAUGGGACAGCAGAUCCUGGAUUUACAAUGAGAAGAAAGAUGGAACAUUUAAGGGAGGAAAGGGAGCAAAUACGACAACUUCGUAAUAAUCUUGAAUCGAGGUUAAAAGUAAUUUUGCCUGAUGACAUUGGAGCUGCAUUAAUGGAUGGAGUAGUUCUUUGCCAUUUAGCCAAUCACAUAAGGCCACGCUCUGUAGCUAGUAUUCAUGUACCAUCACCAGCAGUGCCUAAGCUAAGCAUGGCAAAAUGUCGAAGAAAUGUAGAAAACUUUCUCGAUGCUUGUAAAAAAUUGGGGGUGUCCCAGGAAAGACUCUGCCUGCCGCACCAUAUUUUGGAAGAAAGAGGCCUGGUGAAAGUUGGGGUCACAGUUCAGGCUCUUCUGGAGCUGCCUACUACUAAAGCGUCUCAACUGUCAGCAGCUUGACAUGACUGAAAACAAUUAUGCAAAAAACCAAUUCUAGUUUUAUUUAUUUGUACUCAUUUUAAGCACCUCAACUUUCUGAAUGAGAAUGGCCAAUCAAAAAGUGUCUUUCUUUUAUUAUAUAGAUAAAAUUGAAGUCAAAUCAAAGCUUAAGUAAUUAAGCUUCUUUCGAAAUGAGAUUGACAAAGCAGUUUCUCAUGUACUCAGAUUCUUUUUACCAAGUCAAUCAAUAAUGUUUGAUUAUUUUUUUUGAGAAACUAGAUUAUUGGUAAAUUGAAAAUGCGGCUUGCAUAUUUUGAAAUCUUAACAUAAUGGUAGAUAUCAGAUAAAUUAAUCCAUUUUUACUAAUUCCAAAAAGUCCUCUAUUUGAGUUCUUAAUUACACUCAAAUAUAAUUUCUAUGCUUCACAAAUUCUCCAGUCUUUAGGGAGUUGAAUACCUACAUGGAACAAAGAGUCAGCAAAAAAGGCUUCUGCUCGAUUCUUUUAGUCUGUUAGAUUGUGCUGGAGACUGUUUACAUGGGAAGUGCCUGUGGAAUUGAUGACUCUUAGAGUCUUAUACCUUUUUGGAAUUUCUCUAUGUAUGGAUGUGUUCGUUAGAACUUGCCGAUAUUUUCCUAGUUUUCUGUCAGGCCAGUGAUGUGUGAGGAUUGAAAUGCACCUCACGAUGUUUUAUUGCACACUAUUUUUUAGUUAUUUCAUGUUGUCAAAAAUAAUAUGUGAUUUAUUUAUACUAUUUAAUUCUACAAAACUUAAUCAUCUUUUAAAA